CAUUUAUCUCUAAGCUUGCUUCACAGCUCAACACAAACUCUGCAUUUCCAUUAUUCAUAUUUCUAGGCUGUUUUUUUCCCUUUCUUUUUCCUUUUCAGUUUAUUAUUCGUGUGGUCUAUGCUAACCAAGGUGCAGUUACUACUUUAUCCAGAAGAUGGCAAACAUUUAUCUCCUUUCAGUUCAUAGCAUUGGUGUAAAAGUGACCCAAAGCCACAUAGGGAGAGCUAGAGGGGGAGUACAUGUAGUACAAGAUCUGUGAACUCUCAGUAAAGUUUUCCACCAUGGGCUGCUUUCUGCUGGGGUUGCUGCUGCCCCUGCUGUCUCUUAAACCCGUCCGUGUUUUGGGAGCUAUGGACUCCUGUUGGGAUGAUCUUGGGCGUGCUAACCGCUGCAUGCCCAGGUUUGAAAAUGCUGUUUUUAACAGAACUGUGAUCGCCUCCAAUGUCUGCGGCUCCCCUCCCGAGGAUUACUGCAAGCAGACUGGAUCGAGCAAGUCGUGCCACCGCUGCGAUGCCAUGCACCCCAGCCUUCACCACAACGCCACCUACCUGAACGACUUCCACAAUGACGAGGAGCCCACCUGGUGGCAGAGUCAGUCAAUGUUUCAUGGGGUUCAGUACCCCAACUCUGUUAACCUAACUCUGCACCUGGGAAAGUCCUAUGAAAUCAGUUACAUCAGACUCAAGUUCCACACCAGCCGGCCAGAGAGUUUUGCAAUUUACAAGAGGACUCACAAGGGAGGCCCCUGGAUCCCAUACCAGUACUACAGCGCCACCUGUGGCAAAACCUACAGAAGAAACGGCAAAGGAUACCUCCGCCCAGGAGAGGAUGAGCAGCAGGCCACCUGUACGGACGAGUUCAGCGACAUCUCACCCCUCACCGGAGGCAAUGUGGCUUUCUCAACUCUAGAGGGGCGACCAAGUGCCUACAACUUUGACCACAGCCCUGUGCUGCAGGACUGGGUGACAGCCACUGACCUUCUCAUUUCCUUGAACCGGCUCAACACCUUUGGGGAUGAAUUCUUCAAAGACCCAAAUGUUCUCCGAUCCUACUAUUACGCCAUCUCGGAUUUCUCAGUGGGAGCCAGGUGCAAAUGCAACGGCCAUGCAAGUGAGUGUGUAAGCAACGAAAUUGUGAGGCUUGUCUGUAACUGUCAGCACAACACUGCAGGCCCUGACUGUGAGAAAUGUCAGCCUUUUUUCCAUGACAGGCCUUGGGCAAGGGCAACAGCUGACUCAGCUAACGAAUGCCUUCCUUGUAACUGUAGCGGCCGCUCUGAAGACUGUCACUUCGAUGCUGAGCUGUACCGGGGCACAGGGCACGGAGGCCACUGUGUGAACUGCAAGGACGGCACGGCUGGACCCAACUGUGAGAGGUGCAAAGAAAACUUCCACCGAAGCAGCCCGAAGGACGCCUGUCUCCCUUGCAAUUGCAGUGUGGUCGAGAAAUGUGACAUUAAUUUUCCCAAAUCCUCUGUAAAUAACAAAAGACAAACGUGCCCUCCCGCCUGUCCAAGGUCAUCAAGUCUGCAGUGCGGAGGUGACGGGAACUGCAUCUGCAAGCUAAGUGUAACUGGGAAGAAAUGUGACAGCUGUCAGCCGGGAUACCACUCACUCACUGAGGGUGGCUGCAGGCCUUGUGCGUGUCACCCAGCUGGCAGUGUGGGGUUAUGUAACCCCCUGAAUGGACAGUGCAGCUGCAAGGAAAACGUGGAAGGAUAUCAGUGUGACAGGUGCAAGCCUGGUACUUUUAAUCUAGAUUCUCUGAAUCCUGCUGGCUGUACCAGUUGUUUCUGCUAUGGUCACUCCGCAGCUUGUACCUCAGCAGUGCAAUACUCUGCAUUCAGCAUCACCUCAGACUUCACAGAGGAUCUGGAUGGCUGGGUAGGGGAGUUCUCAGAUGGGUCUGAAUCCCUAUUGAUUUGGAAGGAGGGAGAGGUCUAUUUGCUUCCAUACACUGAUGAAGAUUCUGGCUUCUUUAAAGCACCAGGGAAGUUUUUGGGGGACAAACUCCUCAGCUACGGACAGCCCCUCUCUCUGACGUUCAAAGGAGAAAGCGAGGAGCUCCUGCCUUCCUUUGUGACGCUGAUAAUCGAAGGUUCGGGGAUGAGAAUGUCAGCACGUCUUUUCCCGCAGAAUAAAACUGUGACAGACUCCCAUCCCCAACAGACAUUUGUAUUCAGGCUUCACGAGGGACAGGCAGGCCAGCAGAUCCCUUUGUCAUCCUUUGAGUUUCAUCGACUUCUCUCCAACCUCACUUCCAUUAAAAUAAGCAACGCUGGGGGCCACAGCUAUACAGCCCAGCUGUCGGAGGUUACCCUCGUGUCUGCAGCCCCAGGACUGGAGCCUCCUGCCCCCUGGGUGGAGGAGUGCAUUUGCCCCCAGGGGUACGUGGGGCAGUUCUGCGAGUUCUGUGCCCCAGGGUAUAAACGAGAGACCCCCAGCGGCGGACCCUUCACUCGGUGUGUGCCUUGCACCUGCAACCAGCAUGGGGUGUGCGAUGGAGAGACAGGCCUAUGCCAGUGCAGGGACAACACGGUCGGGCCUACCUGUGAGCGCUGCGCUGACGGUUUCUAUGGAAACCCUUUACUAGGGACUUCCGGUGACUGUCAGCCCUGCCCUUGCCCGCACCAGUCCAGCUGUGCAGUGAUUCCAGAUACCGGGGAGGUCGUCUGUACAGAGUGCCCGCCAGGGCAACGAGGAACUCGCUGUGAAAUGUGUGACGAUGGUUUCCAUGGUGACCCGCGGGGGGUCCGUGGCCAGUGGAAGCCGUGCCGUCCCUGUCAGUGCAGUGGGAACGUGGACCCCAAUGCCGUCGGCGUCUGUGACCACGCAACCGGGCGCUGCCUCAAGUGUCUGCACAACACAGAAGGAGACCGGUGUGAACGAUGCAAGGACGGUUACUACGGUAACGCGCUAGACCGGGAAACACUCCACAAGUGCAGGCCUUGCAACUGCAGCCCCUCUGGUUCAGUGGGUCCGUCCGCAGGCUGUGGUGCGCAGACUGGUCAGUGUGAGUGCCUGAGUCAUGUGACCGGACGAGACUGCGGACACUGCGAGACCGGCUUCUUCAACCUGCGGCCAGGAGAGGGCUGUCAGAGAUGCACCUGCAACCCCACUGGUUCAGUAUCCAGUGCCUGUCACCCAAUCACAGGACAGUGUUCGUGCCGCCCAGGGGUCGAGGGGUCAGCGUGUGACUCGUGUCGUAAAGGAUUCUUCAGCUUCUCUGCCAGGGGUUGCAGGGCGUGUAACUGCUCCCCCAUGGGUUCUGUCACCAUGCAGUGUCACGGCAACGGCACCUGUUUGUGUCGGGAGGGGUUUGUGGGGUACAAGUGCGAUCAGUGUAAGGUGAACUACUUCCACAACAGAGCCACGCACCAGUGCGAGGAGUGCCCAGUGUGCUACGGCUUGGUGCGAGAUGAGGCAGCCAAACUGAAGGAAAAGCUGCAAGCUUUGGAAGAGGAGCUGAAGAAAUACGAUUGCCAGUCUCACAGAGGCUACGAACAUUACCCUGUGCAAAGGGAGGGUUCCCUCAGCAAUUCACUGGAGGACUUACUGGCAAUGCAAAAUGCCAGAGACGCUUUCCUGAAUCAGUUUAUGGAAUUGGAGACGUCAGUCCGGACCAUACAAGAAAGGCUGAGCAAUAUCAGCCGUGACUUGAACUGCAGCGGGGCAGGGAACGAUAAACACUGCAGCGCUCUCAACGACACAGGCUCCAGCAUCCAGGCCACACAGGGACAGCUGCAGCUAGCCAGGGAAACACUGGACAAUAUGGUGAUUCCUCAUGAUCUCCCCAGGGAACCGAACAAAUGGACAAUACUAGUAAAUGAAUCCCAGGUUCUAGCUGUCAGUCAAAAAUCAUUGGCGGAUUAUAUGGAAUCAAUAGCCAAAAAGGCUCUUUGGGCUUCAAAACAAACAUUGUCCCUGCUUUCAACCAUUGUGGAGGACCAUUCAACUGAAAGCUACGUGAGAGACCUCGCAGGGCAGUUCUUUGAUAUGCAUGAAGCUAAAGCCAAUUUAACAGAGUCAGUGGAGGAAACACUGACAGAAGCCAAGAAAGCGUACAGUUCGGUCCAAAGGAUUAACACUGAGAUUGCCGUGGUCCUGACCAAGAUCACAGACUCACACAGGGAAAUACCUCUAUCGGACGCAAUGAGAAACAAGACUGAGGAGUUGGAUCGAUUAUCACAGUCUAAAGAGGAACUGAUCAGCAAAGCAGUGUCUGAGCUCCAGCCACAGAUAGACUCCAUGAUCAAAAGCAUGGAGAGUGUCCAGCAACUUGAUCCGUUAACAGCCCGUGCCAGUGAAUCUCAGAGCCUCGCCCUGGCCUCGGUUGUGAAGGGGAAAGAAGUGGACGCAGAAGCCAGUGCGUUACUGAAGGAGCUGGAGGGCAUGAAGAAAACGUGGAAUCGAAAGCAAACCCAAACCAAAGUUGCGGUGAAGAAGAUGAGGACGGUGAAGGAGAAGAUUGUGGUGGACGCCAAGAAAAAGACCAAACAGGCAGCGAACACGGUGACCCCAGCAGUCUCCAACUCCACCCAGGCUAACGCCACAGCCAAGGAUGCCCAAAGACUCGCCACUGAAGCAUCCGCAGAUGCAAAAGCUGCUCUCAAACAAACUGAGAAAUCCGGCAGAAUGACGACUGAAUUGAACUCGACCGUUAGCGCUGUCCUUCACGAAGUCGCUGCCCAGGAGAUGAAAGCAGCGGAGCUGAAGAGAGACCUGCGGGAAAUGGAAGAGAUAGCGGGUAACAUGGGAGAUGUCAGGGAAGACAUGAAGACAGCCAAGCUGUCCUUGGAGAGUUACGCAUUGGUCUUGAAGGAUCUGCUUGCAAAGUUAGAGACCAGCCAGGUGAACGAGAGGUUUGAGAGCCUCUUAAACGAGACGGAGACUCAGCUGAGGAUCCUGCAGCUGGGAGUGCAGAGUGAGGGGCUGGGGCUGAGAAUCCAGACACUGCAAGAGGCAGCCCGACAACAGGAGAGCCAGAUGAAAGAGAUGGAGAAGGACAUUGCGGAGAUCCUGGAGGAGAAAAUCAAUCUGGAGGACAUUGUGCAGAACUUUCCUGAGGGCUGCUUCAACAGGCCGCAGACGGGGAGACGGUGAAAAGGCCUCGGACAGGAGCGGAGUGCGGGGUGGUUUGAAGGAUCCAGUGCACUGCUGGUUAGAGAGCACAGUGAAGAUGUUAUAGCAAUACAAUUUCGCACCUUCAUUGAUCCUUUUUUUCAUUUCCCGUCAAGAGAACGCAGCUGAAAAAGACAUUAUGAGCGCCAGCGAAUUGCUCGCUUUUUAAGAGAAAAAGAAAAGGCAAACAGUGCUGAGAAGCUGGCCAGCCAGCAUGUGGAAAGGCUCUGGUUCAAAGCUUCCUUUUGAUCUAUUCUUCUUGACAUUAUUUCCCCGGGGUGGUCACGUUUUAACAUCAAACUGCAAUGAUUUGAAAAGCUGCUCUUCGGCACACACUAGACUUUAGGUCCUCUGAAUUUAAGUCAUAUUUUAUUAUCUCAUGAUUUUUGUUCUAAAUCAUGUUUUUUCUAAUUUAGUAUUUUUUUUUUUAACUUACCUUGGACCAUCUUCAAUUAGGUUUCAUUUUAUAAACUCUACACUAUGUUACUGGUAUUCAAUAUUUUAAUGUAGAAAGAAAGAAAGAAAGAAAGAAAGAAAGAAAGAAAGAAAGAAAGAAAGAAAGAAAGAAAGAAAGAAAGAAAGAAAGA